CAAUAGCCCGCGACUCGUUACCCAUUUUCUGAGGCAGCCAUAUCAGCAGUCGUCUGCGGAUGUUUGUAAUCCCUGUAGCCAUGCUGUAAAGAACGACUCUAUCACAAUCUCCAAUGCCCUUCAGCGCAAAUGAAAAAUCUUGCAGAAGUACAUCUCUUGCUGUUCCGUUGUAUGGCCAAAGGUCAUAGGAGGCAAUAUGUGUUUUGGUGGUUACUGUCCAGGCAAGCACGGUGGCACCCAGUGGGAGAGGAGGUGGAGGCUGUGUACAUUUGCCUUCCGAUCCAUGUUUCAAAGUCAGCAUGGUGACUGUUUGGCCACCAAACGAAUGCGCAGGCGGACAAUCCCCCUCCUCCAAUCACGUCACUUCUUCGACUUCGACUUCACCAC